AUGAACGCCCACGCCAUGGACUCGGACUUGUCUUCCGGCGUCGUUUCGCACGGAGGGAAGCGGUUCUACUGCUGUGAAUGCGGCUUUGGACCCAUGGAAGAACAGCUGUACGCUCAGUGCAUCGGCUGCAACUGGCACCAGCCGUGCGCCAAUUGCACUUGGGAGUCCCUCGACACCGAAAGCGCCCCUGAUGGCCACGUCUUUUGCGGUUCCAGGGAAAACAAGUUUCACGGCGGUCGUCGCGAAACUAUGAUCAUCGGAAAUGUCUCUACCCACAACGUCCAUGCGCGACUUCCUGAGGAAGAACUCGGCGGAGCUUCCCAGUAG